AUGGCGUCGAGUGGAGGAGAUGGAGAACCCGAGUGGACUGCCGCUGUGCGACCGCUUUUAUCAGCCUCGUACACGGCUUUCGAGACGAAAGAGCUACCUCAGCUCGUCGGAUCCAUCAUAAACAGUGAUUCUGAGAUUCUUCACCAUGACAAACAGUAUGAGCCAUUCUACUCGUCGUUUGUGGCUCUGUCUGCACAUUACAUCACCACAGUCUGUGGACAAAUUCCCAGAAAUCAGCUGCUGUCGGUAGCUGCAGCCUGUAAAGUAUUGAUUGAAUUCUCAUUGCUGCGACUGGAGAACCCGGACGAGGCAUGCGCAGUUUCACAGAAGCACCUGAUCCUGUUGAUAAAGGGUCUCUGUACUGGCUGCAGCCGCCUGGAUCGGACAGAGAUCAUCACAUUCACUGCAAUGAUGAAGUCUGCCAAACUGCCCCAGACCGUCAAGACACUCUCCGAUGUGGAGGACCAGAAGGAGCUGCCGUCCCCGGUCAACCCCGAGCUCCGACAGAAGGAGGUUCAGAUGAACUUCUUCAACCAGCUGACCUCUGUGUUCAACCCUGACAUGACCGCCCUGGCAUCGCCCUCGGCACACACACAGGCUGAGAGUGAGUGUGACGACCAGGCCACCGCCGACCAGGCCACUCAGGCUAAAAUGAAGAAUGCCUUCAUCUCCCAGAACGUGUCCAGUUUACAGGAGCUGGGGGGCUCAGAGAAGCUGCUCCGCGUGUGCCUCAACCUGCCCUACUUCCUGCGCUACAUCAACCGCUUCCAGGACGCCGUGUCGGCCAACUCCUUCUUCAUCAUGCCGGCCACCGUGGCGGACGCCACCGCCGUCCGUAACGGGUUUCACUCCCUGGUGAUUGAUGUGACGAUGGCCUUGGACACUCUCUCGCUGCCUGUGCUGGAGCCUCUGACGCCCGGGAGGCUGCUGGACGUCACCGUGCUGGCGCUGAGCUGCCUGUACGCAGGCGUCAGCGUGGCCACCUGCAUGGCCAUUCUGCACGUGGGCAGCGGUCUACAGCUGCGCACCACCUCCACCGGCUCCAAGGAGGAGGACUACGAGAACGACGCUGCUACUAUCGUUCAGAAAUGCCUGGAAAUCUACGACAUGAUUGGGCAGGCCAUCAGUAACUCGCGCCGUGCUGGAGGGGAGCACUAUCAGAACUUCCAGCUGCUGGGGGCCUGGUGUCUGCUCAACAGCCUCUACCUGAUCCUCAACCUCAGCCCCACCGCCCUGGCCGACAAGGGGAAGGAGAAGGACCCGCUGGCCGCCCUGCGGGUCCGGGACAUCGCUGCCCGCACCAAAGAUGGGGCAGGAUCCCCCAAACUGGGGCCAGGGAAAGGACACCAGGGCUUCGGAGUGCUGUCUGUCAUCUUGGCAAACCACGCCAUCAAACUGCUCACCUCGCUGUUCCAAGACCUUCAAGUAGAGGCAUUGCACAGGGGUUGGGCUAGCGACGGGCCCCCAGCAGAGCUGAACAUCAUGGCUCAGAGCACCUCCAUCCAGAGGGUGCAGAGACUCAUCGACUCUGUGCCCCUCACCAACCUGCUCUUCACCCUGCUCUCAACCUCCUACAAGAAGGCCUGUGUGCUCCAGCGGCAGAGGAAGGGCUCGGUCAGCAGCGACGCCAGCGCCUCCACAGACUCCAACACUUACUACGAGGACGACUUCAGCAGCACGGAGGAGGACAGUAGCCAAGAUGACGACAGCGAGCCUAUCCUGGGACUGUGGUUCGAGGAGACCAUCUCCCCCAGCAAAGAGAAGGUGGCCCCCCCGCCGCCACCCCCACCCCCGCCCCUGGAGACCUCUCCCCGGCUGAAAAGCCCCAGCAAGCAGAACGCUGGCGAGAACGGCAACAUCCUGGCCAGCCGCAAGGACCCCGAGCUGUUCCUGAGUCUGGCCUCCAGCAUCCUCAACUUCAUCACCACCUCCAUGCUGAAGUCCCGGAACAACUUCAUCCGCAACUACCUGAGCGUGUCGCUGACCGAGCAGCACAUGGCCACGCUGGCCAGCAUCAUCAAAGACGUGGACAAAGAUGUCAAAGGGUCCUCUGAUGAAGACUUUGCUGCAGCUCUGUAUCACUUUAACCACUCCCUGGUGACAUCAGACCUGCCUUCGCCCGCACUGCAGAACACCUUGCUGCAGCAGCUGGGCGUGGCACCCUUCUCCGAGGGCCCGUGGCCCCUGUACAUCCACCCGCAGUCCCUGUCUGUGCUCUCCAGGCUGCUCCUCAUCUGGCAGCACAAGGCCAGCCUGCUGGGGGACCCCGACGUGGCUGAGUGCAUGAAAGUCUGGGAGAGGUUCGUGGGCACACUGAAGCUGCGCACGCUGCAAGGCCCGGCCGCCGCCGAGUCGGAGGACCUGAACGUGGAGCACCUGCAGCUGCUGCUGCUCAUCUUCCACAACCUGUCGGAGAAGGGCCGGCGCGCCGUGCUCGCCCUGUGCACCCAGGCCAUCGCCGAGGUGGCCGCCCGCGUCGACACCCAGCUGCACGCCGUGCCCCUCAACCUCGCCCGCAUCCUGCUCGUCUUCGACUACCUGCUGCACCAGUACUCCAAGGUCCCCAUGUACCUGUUCGAGCAGGUGCAGUACAACCUGCUGACUCCCCCGGCCUGCGGGGGCAGCGCCGCACAGGAAGGGGGUCGGCGCGGCGCUCUCCCCCUCUACUACGGCUUCAAGGAGGUAGAAGAGAACUGGACCAAGCACUGCUCGGCAGGUAGGAAUUCCACGCUGCAGCCUAAAUUCUACUGUGUCCUGUCCCCCGAAGCCUCAGAGGAUGACCGCAGUCGGCUGGACAGCAAGGUUUUCCAGGUGCUGUUUAACGGCGUGGUGAAGUACGACCACCUGUACAGCUGCCUGGUCUCUCUGCUGGCGGCCGGGUCUCAGUUCGACGCAGCGAGGAGGCUGGAAAACAAGAACAUGACACCCGUGGAAGCCUGCUCCCUGCAGUACUACUUCCUGGUUCUCUGGCGGAUCCUGGGAGUGCUGCCUCCCUCCAAAGCCUACAUCGAGCAGCUCAAAACGGGCAACAGUGACCCAAGCGAGAGCGACAUCCUACACACCCUGAGAUGGUCGUCACGGCUACGGGUCAGCACCUACGUCACCUGGAUCAAGGAGCACCUGGUGAAACAGGGCAUGAAGCCGGACCACGCGACCUCUCUGAUCGAGGUGGCCUCCACCAAGUGCAGCUCUGUGAAGUACGACGUGGAGCUGGCGGAGGAGUACAUCGCGCGGCAGAUCUCCUCCUUCUGCUGCGUCGACCCCAACGCCAUCCUGCACAUCUACCACGUGCCCAACCUGCAGACCAUCUACACGCUGGACGCCGUCAUCUCCAAGGUGCAGGUCUCGCUGGACGAGCACUUCUCCAAGGUGGCGGCUGAGACGGACCCCCACAAGUCGUCCGAGAUCACCAAGAACCUGCUGCCAGCCACGCUACAGCUCAUCGACAACUACACCACCUUCACCAGGUCUUACCUCCUGAUGAGUCUUCCAGAGGAAGGGGAGAACAGGCCAUCCAAGGAGAAGCUGCAGGGCUACGCGGCUGUGCUGUCCAUCGGCUCCACGCGUUGCAAAGCCAACGUGCUCGGUCAGACAGUGAUGCAGAACCUGCCCUCCGCCGUGCAGACGCUGUGUGAGACGUGGAACAACAUCCACACCAACGAGUUCCCCAACAUCGGGUCCUGGCGGAACGCCUUUGCCAACGACACCAUCCCGUCAGAGAGCUACAUCAGCGCUAUCCAGGCCGCCCACCUGGGCACCCUGAGCAACCAGUCCCUGCCGCUGGCAUCUUCCCUCAAACACAUCCUGCUGUCCCUGGUGCGCCUCACUGGGGACCUCAUUGUCUGGUGCCCGGAGGAGCUGAACCCGCCGCAGGUGAUCCGCACGCUGCUGCCGCUGCUGCUGGAGAGCAGCACUGAGAGCGUGGCCGAGAUCAGCUCCACCUCGCUGGAGCGCAUCCUGGGGCCGGCCGAGUCCGACGAGUUCCUCGCCCGCGUCUACGAGCGCCUCGUCACCGGCUGCUACAACAUCAUCGCCAACCACUCCGACCCCAACAGUGGCCUGGAUGAGUCGGUCCUGGAGGAGUGUCUGCAGUACCUGGAGAAACAGCUGGAGAGCAGCCAGGUCCGCAAGGCCAUGGAGGAGUUCUUUUCAUUCAGCGGUGAACUCGUACAGAUCAUGAUGGCGACAGCCAAUGAGAAUCUGUCGGCCAAGUUCUGCAACCGAGUCCUGAAGUUCUUCACCAAGCUCUUCCAGCUGACGGAGAAGAGCCCGAACCCCAGCCUGCUGUGCCUGUGUGGCUCCCUGGCUCAGCUGGCCUGUGUGGAGCCGGUGCGCUUGCAGGCCUGGCUCACCCGCAUGACGGCCUCGCCGCCCAAGGACUCGGACCAGCUGGACACGGUGCAGGAGAACCGGCAGCUGCUGCAGCUGCUCACCACCUACAUCGUGCGGGACAACAGCCAGGUGGGCGAGGGCGUGUGCACCGUGCUCCUCAGCACCCUCAUCCCCAUGGCGACCGAGAUGCUCGCCAACGGCGACGGCGCCGGCUUCCCCGAGCUCAUGGUCAUCAUGGCCACGCUGGCCAGCGCGGGACAGGGGGCGGGGCACCUGCAGCUGCACCGGGCGGCCGUUGAUUGGCUGAUGAGAUGUAAAAAAUACCUGACUCAGAAGAAUGUGGUGGAGAAAGUGAGCGCGAAUGUGUCACAGGGCAAGCACGCCAGCAUGCUGGAGUGUGCCUGCCACAUCAUCUCGUACCUGGCGGACGUGAUGAACGCUCUGAGACAGAGCAGCGGGCAGGGCUCGACGCAGCUGCUGGUGGAGGGCGAGGAGAAGGCCAUCGAGGUCGACUCUGAUUGGGUGGAGGAGCUGGCCGUGGAAGAGGAGGACUCUCAGGCCGAAGACUCGGAUGAAGAUUCACUAUGCAAUAAGCUAUGCACCUUCACCAUCACACAGAAGGAGUUCAUGAACCAGCACUGGUACCACUGUCACACGUGUAAGAUGGUGGACGGGGUAGGUGUGUGCACAGUGUGUGCCAAGGUGUGUCACAAAGACCACGAGAUCUCCUAUGCCAAAUACGGCUCCUUCUUCUGCGACUGCGGGGCCAAAGAGGAUGGCAGCUGCCAGGUGAGACCGAAUACCUCAGGUCACCAUGGGAAGAGAACGACUGCGGCUCUGGUGAAGCGCAGCCCCAGCAGCGGUAUGAGCUCCACCAUGAAGGAGUCGUCGGCGUUCCAGAGCGAGCCCCGCAUGCCGGAGAGUGCCAUCCGCCACCAGAGCGCCUCUCCCGCCGACAAGGGCAAGGUGACCAUCUGCGAGGGCAAGGCGGGCGACGAUGACCGGCCCAAGAAGAGCAGCGUGUGCAGGAACAUCGACGGCUGCCGCGACGAGCUGCUGCAGCAAGUGUCCGCCUCCUCCACGGCAGCCAUAGUGCUGGAGAUGCUGAUCUUCCUGAUGGAUGCCAUCCAGACCAACUUCCAGCAGGCCUCCGCCGUGGGCAGCAGCAGCCGGGCCCAGCACGCCCUCAACGAGCUGCACACCCAGGACAAGACCGUGGAGAUGACCGACCAGCUCAUGGUUCCCACGCUGGGCUCCCAGGAGGGGGCGUUCGAGAACGUGCGGAUGAACUACAGCGGGGACCAGGGCCAGACGAUCCGGCAGCUGAUCAGCGCCCACGUGCUGCGGCGCGUGGCCAUGUGCGUCCUGUCCUCCCCGCACGGCCGGCGACAGCACCUCGCCGUCAGCCACGAGAAGGGGAAGAUCACUGUGCUGCAGCUGUCUGCCCUCCUGAAGCAGGCGGACUCCAGCAAGAGGAAGCUGACCCUGACCCGGCUGGCGUCCGCCCCUGUGCCCUUCACCGUGCUCAGCCUUACCGGGAACCCCUGCAAUGAGGACUACCUGGCCGUGUGUGGCCUCAAGGACUGCCAUGUUCUGACCUUCAGCAGUACGGGCUCGGUGUCGGAUCACCUGGUGCUGCAUCCCCAGCUCGCCACUGGCAACUUCAUCAUCAAGGCCAUCUGGCUGCCGGGGUCACAGACAGAGCUGGCCAUCAUCACAGCUGACUUUGUCAAGAUCUACGACCUUUCUGUGGAUGCCCUGAGUCCCAUGUACUACUUCCUGCUCCCGAGCUCCAAGAUCCGCGACGCCACCUUCCUGUUCAACGAGGAGGGGAAGAACAUCAUCGUCAUCAUGUCGUCUGCGGGGUACAUCUACACGCAGGUGAUGGAGGAGUCCAGCAGCGCCCAGCACGGACCCUUCUACGUCACCAACGUGCUGGAGAUCAACCACGAGGACCUCAAGGACAGCAACGGGCAGGUGGCCGGAGGCGGAGUCUCCGUCUACUACUCCCAUGUGCUGCAGAUGCUGUUCUUCAGCUACAGCCAGGGCAAGUCCUUCGCCGCCACUGUCAGCCGCAGCACCAUGGACAUGCAGCGGCUCUUCCCCAUCAACGUCAAAGGCUCGAACGGGGGCAGUAAGACGUCCCCGGCACUCUGUCAGUGGUCGGAGGUGAUGAACCACCCCGGGCUGGUGUGCUGUGUGCAGCAGACCUCUGGAAUCCCGCUGGUCAUCAUGGUGAAACCCGACACCUUCCUCAUCCAGGAGAUCAAAACCCUGCCCGCUAAAGCCAAGAUUCAGGACAUGGUGGCCAUCCGCCACACGGCCAGCAACGAGCAGCAGCGCACCACCAUGAUCCUGCUGUGUGAGGACGGCAGCCUGCGCAUCUACAUGGCCAACGUGGAGAACACCUCCUACUGGCUGCAGCCAGCACUGCAGCCCAGCAGCGUCAUCAGCAUCAUGAAGCCCGUGCGCAAGCGCAAAGCUGCCGCCGCCACCACGCGCACCUCCAGCCAGGUGACUUUCCCCGUGGACUUCUUUGAGCACAACCAGCAGCUGACGGAGGUGGAGUUCGGGGGCAACGACCUGCUGCAGGUCUACAACGGCCAGCAGAUCAAGCACCGACUGAACUCCACCGGGAUGUACGUGGCCAACACUAAGCCUGGAGGCUUCACGGUGGAGGCCGUCAACAACAACAGCUCCAUGGUGAUGACGGGCAUGCGGGUGCAGGUGGGCACCCAGGCCAUCGAGAGGGCGCCCUCCUACAUAGAGAUCUUCGGCCGCACCAUGCAGAUGAACCUGACCCGCUCGCGCUGGUUCGACUUCCCCUUCACCCGUGAAGAGGCCCUGCAGGCCGACAAGAAGCUGUCCAUCUUCAUCGGAGCGUCUGUAGACCCUGCAGGUGUCACCAUGCUUGACUCCAUUAAGAUCUAUGGGAAGACCAAGGAGCAGUUCGGCUGGCCAGACGAGCCCCCCGAGGACUUCCCCUCUGCCUCCGUCAACAACGUGGGCAGCCCCAACCUCAACCAGGGCAAUGGCACGGGGGAUAGUGACAUCGCUGCCCCCGCCUCUGCUAGCGGAACUGUGCUGGAGAGUUGUGAAACUGAGUCCUUAUCGCCCUUGGACCGGCUGGUCGUCAGUUCUCUGGAAGCGCUGGAGAGCUGCUUUGCUGUAGGCUCCACAAAUGAAAAGGAGAAGAACAAGGCCGCUGCCCUGGAGCUGGCCACCCUGCUGUUAUCCAUGCCCACCCCCGCGGGAGUCCAGCAGCAGACCAAGGGCCUGCUGGCCAGCCUGCACACCAGCCGCACCGCCUACCACAACCACAAGGACCAGUCCCUGCUGAGCAAUGCGGUGCAGUGUCUGAACAGCUGCAGCAGAGAUGGGAAGGACCUGGAUCCCGACGUCUUCCAGAGGCUGGUGAUCACCGCCCGCUCCAUCGCCAUCAUGAGGCCCAACAACCUGGUGCACUUCACCGAGUCCAAGCUGCCGCAUGCGGACGCAGAAGCGUCGGAGGACAGCAAGGACGGGCAGAAGGCGUCGGAGAGCGAGGGCUGUAACUUCAUCAUGCAGCUGGUGAAUAACUUCUGGAAGCUCCACGCCCUCAAACCUAAGAACGCCUUCCUGGCCCCGGCCUGCCUGCCGGGUCUGACUCACGUUGAAGCCACAGUGAACGCGCUGGUGGACAUCAUUCAUGGGUACUGUACCUGUGAGCUGGACUGCAUCAACGUGGCCUCCAAAAUCUACAUGCAGAUGCUGCUCUGUCCCGACACAGCGGUGAGCUUCGCCUGUAAGCAGGCCCUGAUCCGAGUGCUGAGGCCCAGGAACAAGCGGCGACACGUGACCCUUCCCUCCCCGCCCCGCUCCAACACUCCCAUGGGAGACAAAGACGACGAUGACGACGACGACGCGGACGACAAGAUGCAGCCGUCGGGAAUGACGGGAGGGGAGGGCGGCCGGCAAGAGAGCCAAGAGCAGAACGAGGUGGAUCACGGGGAUUUCGAGAUGGUGUCGGAGUCCAUGGUCCUGGAGACGGCAGAGAACGUGAACAAUGGCAACCCCUCGCCACUGGAGGCGCUGUUGGCCGGAGCGGAGGGCUUCCCCCCCAUGCUGGACAUCCCGCCUGACGCGGACGACGAGACCAUGGUGGAGCUGGCCAUCGCCCUCAGCCUGCAGCAGGACCAGCAAGGCAGCAGCAGCAGUGCUCUCGGGCUGCAGAGUCUGGGCCUCUCCGGCCAGGCCCCCAGCUCGUCCUCGCUGGACGCAGGAACACUGUCCGACACCACCGCGUCAGCACCAGCCUCGGACGACGAGGGCAGCACGGCGGCCACCGACGGCUCCACCCUGCGCACGUCUCCGGCCGAGCACGGGGGCAGCGUGGGGUCAGAGAGCGGCGGCAGCGCCAUCGACUCGGUGGCUGGCGAGCACAGCGUGUCGGGGCGCAGCAGCGCGUAUGGGGACACCACGGUGGAGGGACACCCUGCCGGACCCGGCAGCGUCAGCUCCAGCACCGGGGCCAUCAGCACCACCACCGCCCAGCAGGAAGGGGACGGCUCCGAGGGAGAGGGCGAGACCGAGGGGGACAUCCACACCAGCAACCGGCUGCACAUGGUCCGGCUCAUGCUAUUGGAGCGUCUCCUGCAGCACCUCCCCCAGCUGCACAGUGUGGGAGGAGUCCAGGCCAUUCCCUACAUGCAGGUGAUCCUCAUGCUGACCGCCGACCUGGACGGCGAGGACGAGAAGGACAAGGGGGCCCUGGACGACCUCCUGGCCCAGCUCAUCGCCGAGCUCGGCAUGCACAAGAAGGACGUCUCUAAGAAGAACGAGCGCAGCCCCAUGAACGAGGUUCACCUGGUCAUCAUGAGGCUGCUCAGCGUCUUCAUGUCUCGCACAAAGUCCGGCUCCAAGUCGUCCUCCGAGUCGUCCUCUCUCAUCUCCAACGCCACGGCCACGGCUCUGCUCAGCCUGGGCGCCAUAGACUACUGUCUGCACGUGCUCAAGUCCCUGCUGGAGUUCUGGAAGACCCAGCAGGGAGAGGAGGAGCCGGCAGCCGCCAGCCAGCUGCUCAAACCCCACACCUCCUCCUCUCCCCCCGACAUGAGCCCCUUCUUCCUCCGCCAGUAUGUCAAGGGCCACGCCUCCGACGUGUUCGAGGCGUACUCCCAGCUUCUGACCGAGAUGGUGCUGCGCCUGCCCUAUCAGAUCAAGAAGAUCGCCGACACCAACCCGCGCAUCCCACCCCCCAUCUUCGACCACUCCUGGUUCUACUUCCUGUCAGAGUACCUGAUGAUCCAGCAGACGCCCUUCGUCAGACGGCAGGUGCGCAAGCUUCUGCUGUUCAUCUGUGGCUCCAAGGAGAAGUACCGGCAGCUGCGCGACCUCCACACGCUCGACUCCCACAUGCGGGCCAUCAAGAAGCUCCUGGAGGAGCAGGGCAUCUUCCUGAGGGCGGGCGUCGUCACGGCGACCUCCGGCUCCGCCCUGCAGUACGACACCCUCAUCAGCCUGAUGGAGCACCUGAAGGCUUGUGCUGAAAUCGCCACCCAGAGAACCAUCAACUGGCAGAAGUUCUGCAUGAAGGAUGACUCCGUGCUGUACUUCCUGCUUCAGGUCAGCUUCCUGGUGGACGAGGGCGUGUCCCCGGUGCUGCUGCAGCUGCUGUCCUGUGCUCUGUGUGGCAGUAAGGUCCUGGCGGCCGCUGCCUCCGGCGGUUCGGGCGGGGCAUCAGGGACCUCCCAGUCCUCCCAGAGCAAGUCCUCCAGCAAGAAGAGCAAGAAGGAGGACAAGGAGAAGGAAAAGGACGGGGAAGGGCUGGGCAGCCAGGAGGACCAGCUCUGUACAGCCCUGGUCAGUCAGCUGAACAAGUUUGCAGACAAAGAGACUCUGAUCCAGUUCCUGCGCUGCUUCCUGCUGGAGUCAAACUCCUCCUCCGUGCGCUGGCAGGCUCACUGCCUGGCCCUGCACAUCUACAGGAAUUCCAGUAAAUCGCAGCAGGAGCUCCUCCUGGACCUCACCUGGGCGAUUUGGCCAGAGCUCCCGGCGUACGGGCGCAAAGCUGCCCAGUUUGUGGACCUCCUGGGCUACUUCUCCCUGAAGACCCCACAGACAGAGAAGAAGCUGAAAGAAUACUCCCAGAAGGCUGUGGAGAUCCUGCGGACACAGAACCACAUCCUCACAAACCAUCCAAACUCCAACAUCUACAACACUCUGUCAGGACUGGUGGAGUUUGAUGGCUUUUACCUGGAAAGCGACCCCUGCCUAGUCUGCAACAACCCCGAAGUGCCAUUUUCGAACAUCAAGCUGUCCUCCAUCAAAGUGGACACACGUUACACCACCACACAGCAGGUGCUGAAGCUCAUCGGCAGCCACACCAUCAGCAAGGUGACCGUCAAGAUCGGAGACCUCAAGCGCACCAAGAUGGUGCGCACCAUCAACCUGUACUACAACAACCGCACCGUGCAGGCUAUCGUGGAGCUGAAGAACAAACCCGCCCGCUGGCACAAAGCUAAGAAGGUGCAGCUGACCCCAGGUCAGACCGAGGUGAAGAUCGACCUCCCUCUGCCCAUCGUGGCGUCCAACCUGAUGAUCGAGUUCGCCGACUUCUACGAGAACUACCAGGCGUCCACGGAGACGCUGCAGUGUCCGCGGUGCAGCGCGUCUGUGCCGGCCAACCCGGGCGUGUGCGGCAACUGCGGGGAGAACGUCUACCAGUGCCACAAGUGCAGGUCCAUUAACUACGAUGAGAAGGACCCCUUCCUGUGCAACGCCUGUGGGUUCUGCAAGUACGCCCGAUUCGACUUCAUGCUGUACGCCAAGCCCUGCUGCGCUGUGGACCCCAUCGAGAACGAGGAGGACAGGAAGAAGGCUGUCACCAACAUUAACACCCUGCUGGACAAGGCUGACCGGGUCUACCACCAGCUGAUGGGCCAUAGGCCGCAGCUGGAGAGCCUGCUGUCCAAGGUGAACGAGGCAGCCCCAGAGAAGCCACAGGAUGACACAGGUGCAGGGGCGGGGCUGGGUGCGUCCUCGGCCAGCGUCAACAGGUACAUCCAGCAGCUGGCCCAGGAGUACUGCGGGGACUGCAAGACCUCCUUCGACGAGCUCUCCAAGAUCAUACAGAAGGUGCUGGCCUCCCGGAAGGAGCUGCUGGAGUAUGACCUGCAGCAGCGGGAGGCGGCCACCAAGUCGUCCCGCACCACGACCCAGCCCACCUUCACAGCCAGCCAAUACCGCGCCCUGUCCGUGCUGGGCUGCGGACACACCUCCUCCACCAAGUGCUACGGCUGCGCGUCGGCCGUGACGGGCCACUGCAUCACGCUGCUGCGUGCGCUGGCCACCAACAGCGCCAUCCGGCAGAUCCUGGUGCUGCAGGGUCUGAUCCGCGAGCUGUUCGAGUACAACCUGCGGCGCGGAACCAGCGCCAUGAGGGAGGAGGUGCGGCAGCUGGUGUGCCUGCUGACCAGGGAUCACCCUGACGCCACUCAGCAGAUGAACGACCUCAUCAUUGCCAAAGUGUCUGCGGCACUGAAAGGACAUUGGGCCAAUCCUGACUUGGUAAGCAGCCUGCAGUACGAGAUGCUGCUGCUCACCGACUCCAUCGCCAAGGAGGGGGGCUGCUGGGAGCUUCGUCUGCGCUGUGCCCUCAGCCUGUUCCUCAUGGCGGUGAACAUUAAGACUCCGGUGGUGGUGGAGAACAUCACCCUCAUGUGCCUGAGGAUCCUACAGAAGCUCAUCAAGCCCCCGGCGCCCACCAGCAAGAAGAACAAGGAUGCUGCCGUUGAAUCCCUGACCACAGUGAAGCCCUACAGCAAUGAGAUCCACGCGCAGGCCCAGCUCUGGCUCAAAAAGGAUCCGAAGGCCUCUUACGAAGCCUGGAAAAAGUGCCUUCCUGCCAGAGGUCAGGAGAGCGUCUCCAAGCCAAUGAGCAAGGCGGAGGUGCGGAGGCAGUACCUGCUGGAGAAGUACGUGUGGAAGUGGAAGCAGUUCAUGAGCAGGCGGGGGAAGAGGACUUCCCCUCUGGACCUCAAGCUGGGCCACAACAACUGGCUGCGGCAGGUGCUGUUCACCCCGGCCACUCAGGCAGCGCGGCAGGCAGCCUGCACCAUCGUGGAGGCCCUGACCACCAUCCCCAGCCGCAAGCAGCAGGUUCUGGAUCUGCUCACCAGUUACCUGGACGAGCUGAGCAUUGCUGGGGAGUGUGCCGCGGAGUACCUCGGACUGUAUCAGAAGCUCAUCAAGCCGGCCCACUGGAAGGUGUACCUGGCAGCACGGGGGGUCCUGCCGUACAUAGGCAACCUCAUCACCAAGGAGAUCGCCCACCUGCUGGCCCUGGAGGAGGCGACGCUGAGCACGGACCUGCAACAGGGCUACGCUCUGAAGAGCCUAACAGGCCUGUUGUCCUCCUUUGUGGAAGUGGAGUCCAUCAAACGUCACUUUAAGAGCCGCCUGGUGGGGACAGUCCUCAACGGCUACCUGUGCCUGCGGAAGCUAGUGGUGCAGAGAACCAAGCUGAUCGACGAGACCCAGGACAUGCUGCUCGAGAUGCUGGAGGACAUGACCACAGGGACAGAGUCUGAAACCAAGGCCUUCAUGGCGGUGUGCAUCGAGACAGCCAAACGCUACAACCUGGACGAUUACAGAACGCCAGUAUUCAUCUUUGAGAGGCUAUGCAGUAUCAUCUACCCUGAGGAGAACGAGGUGACAGAGUUCUUCGUGACGCUGGAGAAGGACCCGCAGCAGGAGGACUUCCUGCAGGGCCGCAUGCCGGGCAACCCCUACAGCAGCAACGAGCCGGGCAUCGGGCCCCUCAUGAGGGACAUCAAGAACAAGAUCUGCCAGGACUGUGACCUGGUGGCCCUGCUGGAGGAUGACAGCGGCAUGGAGCUGCUCGUGAACAACAAGAUAAUAAGCCUGGAUCUUUCUGUGGCCGAGGUCUACAAGAAGGUGUGGUGUCCCACAAAUGAAGGAGAGCCAAUGAGAAUCAUCUACCGCAUGAGGGGUCUGCUGGGUGAUGCUACAGAGGAGUUCAUCGAAUCUCUGGACUCCACGACAGAUGAAGAGGAGGAUGACGAGGAGGUGUACAAGAUGGCGGGCGUGAUGGCGCAGUGUGGGGGUCUGGAAUGCAUGCUCCAUAGGCUGUCCGGAAUCAAGGACUUCAAGCAGGGCCGCCAUCUGCUCACCGUCUUGCUGAAGCUGUUCAGUUACUGUGUGAAGGUGAAGAUCAACAGACAGCAGCUGGUCAAACCAGAGAUGAACACGCUGAACGUCAUGCUGGGAACUCUGAAUCUGGCGCUGGUGGCGGAGCAGGAGAGUAAGGACAGCGGAGGGGCCUCCAUCGCUGAGCAGGUGCUGAGCAUCAUGGAGAUCAUCCUGGAUGAAGCCAACGCUGAGACCGUGUCCGAGGACAAGGGUAACCUGCUGCUGACUGGGGACAAGGACCAGCUGGUGAUGCUGCUGGAUCAGAUCAACACGCCGUUCGUGCGCUCGAACCCGAGCGUGCUGCAGGGGCUGCUGAGGAUCAUACCCUACCUGUCCUUCGGGGAGCUGGAGAAGAUGCACAUCCUGGUGGAGCGGUUCAAGCCCUGCUGCAGCUUCGACAAGUACGACGAGGAGCACAGCCCGGAUGACAAGGUCUUCCUGGACUGCUUCUGCAAGAUCGCUGCAGGCAUCAAGAACAACAGCAAUGGCCACCAGCUCAAAGACCUCAUUCUGCAGAAGGGCAUUACCCAGAGUGCGCUGGACUACAUGAAGAAACACAUCCCCAGUGCCAAAAAUUUGGACGCUGACGUUUGGAAGAAGUUCCUCUCCCGCCCCGCGCUCCCCUUCAUUCUCAGACUGCUCCGCGGAUUGGCCACGCAGCAUCCACCCACACAGAUGUUGAUCGGCACAGACUCCAUCUCCAACCUGCACAAGCUGGAGCAGGUGUCGAGCGACGAGGGCAUCGGCACGCUGGCGGAGAACCUGCUGGAGGCGCUGCGAGAGCACGCCGACGUCAACCUGAAGAUCGACGCGGCGCGGCGGGAGACGCGGGCCGAGAAGAAGCGCAUGGCCAUGGCCAUGAGGCAGAAGGCCCUGGGCACGCUGGGCAUGACGACCAAUGAGAAAGGGCAGGUGGUGACGAAGACCUCACUCCUGAAGCAGAUGGAGGAGCUGAUCGAGGAGCCUGGUCUCACCUGCUGCAUUUGCAGAGAGGGCUACAAGUUCCAGCCCACGAAGGUCCUGGGUAUCUACACCUUCACGAAGCGUGUGUCCCUGGAGGAGUUUGAGAACAAGCCCCGCAAACAGCAGGGCUACAGCACUGUCUCGCACUUUAACAUAGUCCACUAUGACUGUCACCUUGCUGCUGUCAGGCUGGCUCGUGGGAGAGAGGAGUGGGAGAGCGCCGCCCUGCAGAACGCCAACACCAAGUGCAAUGGGCUGCUGCCCGUGUGGGGGCCGCACGUGCCCGAAUCCGCCUUCGCCACCUGCCUGGCCAGGCACAACACAUACCUGCAGGAAUGCACGGGGCAGAGGGAGCCGACGUACCAGCUGAACAUCCACGACACCAAACUGCUGUUCCUGCGCUUCGCCAUGGAGCAGUCCUUCAGCGCGGACACGGGCGGCGGCGGCCGCGAGAGCAACAUCCACCUCAUCCCCUACAUCAUCCACACCGUGCUCUACGUGCUCAACACGACGAGGGCCACGUCCCGGGAGGAGAAGAACCUGCAGAGCUUCCUGGAGCAGCCGUGUGAGAAGUGGGUGGAGAGCUCGUACGAGGUGGACGGGCCUCACUACUACACUGUGCUGGCCAUGCACAUCCUCCCGCCCGAGCGCUGGCGCGCCACACGCAUCGACUUCCUGCGCCGCCUGCUGGUCGCCGUGCACGCCAGGAAGGUCUCCCCCGGGGGCACCAACAAACUGACAGACAAAGCUGUGAAGGAAUAUGCAGUAUAUCGGUCUCCUCUGCUCUUCUGGGGGCUGGUGGACCUCAUCUACGACAUGUUCAAGAAAGUGCCCACCAGCAACACGGAGGGAGGCUGGUCCUUCUCGCUGGCGGAGUACGUGCGGCACAACGACAUGCCCAUCUACGAGGCCUCAGAGAGGGUGCUGCGAGCCUUCCAGGACGAGCUCAUGCCAGCCGAAUCCUUCUCCGAGUUCCUGGAUGUUGUAGGACUUCUGUCGGAGAUCCCGGACCCUGACGGCUUCCUGCAGGAUCUGCUGAACUCCGUGCCCUGAUGACAUUCGGAACCACCGGCACACUGGACUCAUGACCCCCUGCCCCUCAUGGGAGUCCCUCCCGGAGGGGGGGUUGUCCUCUGGGCGGCUGGGGAGGGGGCUGCAACAGGCUCCACCCAGGACCCCUUUCCACACGAGGCUGAAGGCCUCUCAGCUUCUGUCUAUACACAUCCCACACACACAUGCGCACACACACACACACACACACACACACACACACACACACACACACGCAUACACACAAAAGCCCACCCACUUCCGUCACCCUCUGUCCCCCACCUUCACUUUCAGCAGCCUUUGGUUUGUUCCUCUGUGUCAUCUACAAACAUAACUCUUAAAUCAGAAAUUAUACGUGUAGCCUGACGAGUCCAUGCAUUUAUUACUAUAAAGGAUUCUGUAAUAUUUAACACACAGAGAAACCCAUGCCAUUUCAUCCGUUUGAUGUGGCUGGUAAGCGCGGAAUCUUCAAGCAAUUCCAGGGUUUUUGGAAUUCUAACAACGGAUAAAAAAAAAAAGAGUGACGUUUUGUUUUAGUUGUGUUUUGUUUCAUUUUGAUUGGAUUUUUUUUGGUUUAUUUUUUUUUUUUUUUUGGGUCAAGAAAAUGAUUAAAUGAACUUCCAUAUUGAGUGGAAACUGCAGCAAGCUUUACAAGAUCACAAAGUAACGUCCUGCUCUCUUUCACUGGCUUUGUGCAGUGCUGUCAUUGGACCUAACCGUAAUUCGUGAGAAUCCAUACGACGAUGGCUAAGCCUGCUGCUGGGUUCGCGUUUUUAAGCGAAGCGCAUGUGUUUAGAUGUCUCUCGUUUAUGACGAAAAGAAAAGGAGUAAAUAUAACAAAUAAAUUUGCAAGAGUUCUACCAACCCCUGGUAGGUGAAAUUAGUGCUGAUUUGGGACAGGCUUAUCUCUGCAGUGACAUCAACAAAACUGUACAACUGUCCAGCUGAAGGAUUAAAAGGGUCUGGUCCUUUACUCAUUCAAGGGUUCUUUUUUUGGUGUUUUUUUUUUUUCCCUUCUUUUUUUUUUUUUGUUUGGUUUAAUUUGGUUUUCCGCUCUGAUCUCUCCUGGCCUGAACACUACACUGGCUUGUUUCUGUAUAGGUUCUGUCUUCCACAAGAUCAUACAUGAAAAUAUCCCACAGAUGAGACAUUUCCCAGAGCCAUUUUUGUUCUGGUAAGCACGGUGCCACUGGGUCCCAAUCUCAGUGAUAAAGAAUUCUUUACAACAUAUGGACGCCUGCACAGGACGUCCUUUAUUCAGAGCCGAACGCAUGGUGUGGAGUUUCUUUCAAUCCAGUUAGUGUUUAUUUGCCUAUUCCCGUUGCUACAAUGUUCAACUGU